AUGGGUCACCAGCAGCUCUACUGGAGUCACCCUUGCAAAUUCAGCCAGGGGUCUCAGUUGUGCUGCAUCUGUUCCAACCAGUGUGGCCUGAUCCCCAAGUAUGGCCUGAACAUGUGCCUCCAGUGCUUCCGGCAGUAUGCAAAAGACAUCAGCUUCAUCAAGUUGGACUAA